GUCAAUUGUUACUCACUAACUCACUAGUCACCCCACCUCCUUCUUUUGUGGUUUACAUCUUUGCCUCAUCACAAUUCGCAACUCGUAUAAAUCAACCCUGCGUCUCCCCUCUUCUCCUCCACACCCGAUCCCUUUUCCCUCAACAAAACCAAACAUGGAUCCAUCGCGGCUGCGACGGCUGUUGCUUCUGUUCGCGGCGGCGGCGCUGUUGGCCGGCACGGCGGAGUCGGACCUGGAGCAAGAAAAAACAGAGUGCGCCCCCAAGCUGGUCGGACUGGCCCCCUGCCUGCCGUACGUCGGCGGGGAAUCCAAAGCUCCGACGCUGGACUGCUGCUCGGGACUGAAGCAAGUGCUGGACAAGAGCAGGAAGUGCCUCUGCUUGCUGAUCAAAGACCGCGACGAAGACUUGGGGGUCAAAAUCAACAUCUCCCUCGCCGCUAACCUCCCAGGUUCCUGUAAAUCUCCCGUCAACGUCUCCGAUUGCGUCAGUCUGCUUCAACUGAAGCCCAAUUCGACGGAGGCGAAGAAGUUCGACGGACUGGAUGAAAUCAUCGGUAAAGGAGCAAACAGCAGCAGUACUACUACCGCCGCCGCCCCUUCUGCUGCUGGUACGUACCCUUUAUUGUUCUGUACCAUAAAAAUGGGUUCUUUUUGGUUAUUAAUGCAAACUACACGGUGGUCGGGCAGCAUCGGCGGCGAGCGGGGGCAGAGCAACUGUCGUCGGCGGCGGUGGUAAUGCGAAUCAAAAGAGUAAUGACGGAGGAGAUCAGGCAAGGAAGAAGCAGCAGCGCGGGUGGGUAGCUGUCACGGCGGUGGGUGUAUUGUGGGGAUUAAUCACGGGCUUCCCAUUCUUCUUCUGAGCUCCGAGCCACCUACCUAACCAUAAUCAGACAUACCGCCAUUACUGUAUUGUCUUUUGUCAUCUCAUAAUUUAAUCAAUGGGAAAUCCAAGUCUUAAUGCCACUUUGAAAUACAGUGUCUCUGCCCGGCUGGUGGGUGUGUUAAUAAAUACUCAUCCAACUAAGGUCCCUCUUCUUUAACACACUCUGCUACAGUACAGAACAGAGUACAGCUACCACCAUUGCAGUGCCUAAUCCCAUCGCCAUAUAGGGAUUAGCAUAGCACCUAACCCAUCGCCUACUGCGAGACAUAAUUCAGCUCGCCCAAAUAGACAAACAAAAUCGACAGUAAGAGACCUUUUACUCGGCAAACAAUC